AUGGAGACUGAGCGGAGAAGACGUCGUGACGAGGCGAGCAGCGUCCCGAUCGCUGUGCGUGAGGCCAUCCAGGCCUUUGUUCCUGAUGCCGGCACGAAGGUCCUUCCAGCGAGACCAAGUGAGACUUCCUUUGUGUAUAACUGGGGCGUGCGCGUGAUUAGCACGUCCGACGAGAGUGCUACCGCUGUCUGGAUGUGCAUGGCAAGCGAGACCUGCCGCACACAGCGUGCCAAAUUGUUGAUGUCCGGCGGAAAGACGUCGAAAGCGACUCAGCUCCCCAGCAAGGCGCAUGAUAUUGGCUCUGACAAGACCGCCAGCGAAUUGGGCAAUAAACGAACUCGUGAAGAAGAACUCGCCGCGUUACGUAUCGUCAACGAAAAUCUUCCUUUUCGAAUCGGCGAAUACGCCGAGUCGCUGCUGCUCGGUGACCUGAUGCUUAAGGAGGAGGCUCGAGUGGCCUUGAACGCGAAGGUCAUCCGCCAUGCCGCUGUGGAGCUCUACGAUUCAACGAAGCGUCAAGUCGAGGAGAUGCUGGCCGACAAUCGGAUUGGGGCAGCGAAGAGCUUCUCCAUUGUGGCCGACUUUUGA